AUGGGGUCCGUGGUGCCGCGCAUCUUCUUUUUGCUGCUGGUGACCUCCCUGGCCCCAACUCAGGCUGGCGCGGGCUCACACUCCCUGCGGUAUUUCACCACCACCUUGUACGAUCCUGGCUACCGCAAACCUCGGUUCACCGUCGUGGGCUACGUGGACAACACACAGAUCGUGAACUUCGACAGCCACUUGGCGAGUCAGCGGGUGGAGCCGCGGGUGCCGUUUAUAGCGCAGGAUCCUGAGCAUUUGGAGGAGCUGACACGCCUAGGCAGGGGGAUCUUAAUACUUGGCCGAAUCGAACUGUGGACCCUGUUCGGUUACCAUAGCCAGAGAGAGAAUGAGUCUCACACUGUCCAGUGGCUAUUCGGCUGUGACAUAGGGCCAGACCGUCGCCUCCUCCGUGGGUAUAAGCACGUUGCUUAUGAAGGCCAGGAUUACAUCUCUCUAACUGAGGACCUGCGCUCCUGGGUUGCGGUGGAUACCGAGGAGGCUCAGAUCACCAGGCGCAAGUGGGAGGCAUCUGGUAUUGCUACAUCAUGGAGGUCUUUCUUGGAGGGCAGGUGCGUGAAGUGGCUUCUCAAAUACCUGGAUAAAGGGAAGGAGAUGCUGCAGCGUGCAGAUCCCCCCAAAACAAACGUGGCUCAUCACCCUAGACCUGAAGGUGAUGUCACCCUGAGGUGCUGGGCCUUGGACUUCUACCCUGCUGACAUCAUCCUGACUUGGCAAAGGGAUGAGGAGGACCUGACCCAGGACAUGGACCUUGUAGAGACCAGACCUACAGGGAAUGGAACUUUCCAGAAGUGGGCAUCUGUGGUGGUGCCUUCAGGAGAAGAGCAUAGAUACACAUGCCAUGUGCUGCAUGAGGGGCUGCUUGAGCCCCUCAUCCUGAGAUGGGAGCCUUCACCCUCCCCCACCACUCCCAUCAUGGGGAUCAUUGCUGGUCUGGUUCUCCUUGGAGUUUUGGUCACUGGAACUGUGGCUGCCAUUAUGAGGAGGAGGAAGAGUGCAGGUAAGGAUGGUGUUUGA